GAGACAUCUCACCCAGGGAAAAAAUGAAUCGAUAAUCUUGUUCUCUCUCUCCUUCAUCACCAUCAUCUCAAAUGGCCGAACAAUUCCAUAAAGCACCUGAAUACGACACAAUCCAACUUCACGGUGGACAGCAGCCUGAUUCGGCUACCAAUGCACGAGCAGUACCGAUCUACGCCUCGACCUCCUUCGUUUUCAACAAUUCUGAACAUGGAGCAGAUCUGUUUGGUUUGAGGGCUACUGGAAACAUCUACUCUCGUAUUGGAAACCCUACAGUCACCGUCUUUGAGGAUCGUAUGGCCGCUUUGGAAGGAGGAGUUGGGGCUGUCGCUGCUGCAUCGGGACAAGCAGCCCAGUUCAUGGCCAUCUCUGCGAUCGCGAGUGCAGGCGACAACAUUGUGUCGAGUUCUUUACUUUACGGUGGAACCUACAAUCAAUUCAAAGUCACCUUCAAGAAGUACAACAUUGGUGUGAAAUGGGUUACAGACCUCGACCCUCAGUCGUUCGCGAAGGCGAUCGAUGAGAAGACCAAGGCAAUCUAUAUCGAAAGUGUCACAAACCCCAAAUUCCAUGUUUUCGAUAUUCCUGCUUUGGCAAAGGUCGCUCACGAGAAUAAUAUUCCUCUCAUCGUGGACAACACAUUCGGUUUGGCAGGCUGGCUGUGCAAACCCAUUGACCUCGGUGCCGACAUUGUCGUUCACAGCGCUACUAAGUGGAUCGGCGGUCACGGAACGACUAUCGGUGGUGUCAUCGUUGACGGUGGUAAAUUCGAUUGGAAGAAGAGCGGUAAAUUCCCUGGAUUUACUGAACCCUCUGAGGGCUACCACGGACUCAUCUUUGCCGACACAUUUGGUCCUGCUGCUUUUGGUGUCAAAGUCCGCACGGAGAUCCUCCGCGAUGUUGGACCUGCUUUGAACCCAUUUGGGGCAUUCCUACUCCUUCAAGGACUAGAAACCCUCAGUCUCCGAGGAGAGAGACACAGCAACAAUGCUCUGCAGUUCGCGCAGUGGCUCGAAAAACACCCCAAAGUCGCCUGGGUCUCAUACCUCGGCUUGCCUAACCACGAAUCUCAUGCGAUGGCCAAAAAACUUCUCCGUAAAGAUUACUACGGUGGUGUGCUCACUUUCGGUGUGAAAGGUGACGCUGCUGUCGCCAGCAAGACUGUUGAUAGUCUCAAGCUCGCUAGUCAUUUGGCCAACGUCGGCGAUGCAAAGACUCUGGUCAUCCAUCCGGCCUCUACGACACACUCUCAGCUUACGGAAGCUGAACAGAAAGAUUCUGGCGUUACACCUGAUCUGAUCCGGGUGUCUGUUGGGAUCGAAGAUAUUAGGGAUAUCAUCGCCGACUUCGACGCUGCCCUCAAGAUUGCAUUCCCUGAGUGAAUACGAGGGAAAGAGAACGAUGGCCGUAGAAGUCAACGGAAGAGAGGAAAACACCAUUUGUAUAGGUAUACCCGGACGCUAUACU